AUGCUGACUAAUUCACGCACGCCCUUGAGCGUCCGCGCAGAUCGCUCGAGCAAGGACGCUCACUCGCUCUCUUUUUCCUUUCAGCGACUCAUGUCCAGUGCUGUGCAGGAAGUGCGCAAGAGUCUAUUGAAACUCGCGCAGACAUGGCCCAAGGACCCCUUGCGUCCUACCAUGGACUUUGGUGAAGCGAUCCGUCGCGCUACCGAGUCGGAAUUGUCGGGGCCGCAGGCCAAGAAACACGUGGCGGAAGCACGCAAGUCGCUCGCCGCCUUGGAACGCAUUCGCAGUAGCGAGAGCCUCCGUGAGUACCCCACUCCACGCACAAUUCUUCAGCCGGCAUCCGCACCUACGCACUAUACACAACUUGUCGAAGCCAUGAGCCGCAUAGCACGUGGGCAAUCGGUCGCGCCGUCGUGGACACAGCGCUUGCGCCACUUUUUCGGUCUUCGUGUAUAA